AUGCUAAUUUGCGGUCACCAGGCGGAAUCCCAAAAAGACAAGAGCGCAAACCCCAUGCGCGAACUACGCAUCGAGAAGCUGGUCCUCAACAUCUCUGUCGGCGAAUCCGGUGAUAGGCUUACCCGCGCUGCCAAAGUGCUCGAACAGUUAUCUGGUCAGACGCCUGUCUACAGCAAAGCCCGGUACACAGUCCGAACGUUCGGUAUCCGACGUAACGAAAAGAUCGCUGUCCAUGUCACUGUCCGCGGUCCCAAGGCCGAAGAAAUCCUUGAGCGCGGGCUUAAGGUGAAGGAAUACGAAUUGCGAAAGAAGAACUUUUCCCAGACGGGCAACUUCGGAUUCGGUAUUAGCGAGCAUAUCGAUUUGGGCAUCAAGUAUGAUCCGGCAAUUGGUAUCUACGGCAUGGACUUUUACUGCUGCAUGACACGACCUGGCGAGCGGGUAGCCAAGCGAAGGCGUGCGCAAAGCAAAGUUGGUGCUAGCCACCGCAUCAACCAGCAAGAGACAGUCAAGUGGUUCAAGAAUCGAUUCGAGGGUAUCGUGAGAGGAGAUCGCAGUACCUAG